UAUAUAGGAAUCGAUGCCAGGAAACAAGGUGCGGACUGCAAAAUCUGUACGAAAUGCAAAGACGAGGUUUUGAAAAUCAGGAACAGCGGGCGAUGUAUGGUAAAAGUAUGUGCCUCGGGUAAGCGUAAGGUUAAAGCGACCAAGGCGAUGCCUGCUAAAUGGCGUCAGAUGGAUGAUCGACAACGAACUUUCAUGCUCGCCCAUUUGUCCAUUCCAAGGGAAAUAGUCAAGUGUUGCGGUCCAUGCUUCAAACGGAUCUCUAAGAAACUCGACAUGUUAUUUGCGGGAGAUCUUCAGAACGAAAUGGCCAAGUUCGAGAUGGAAAUCCACCAAACGUGGCAAAGUGGAGAGAUUUCUCGCCUUCAAAACCUUGUCGCUCAGUAUGGCACUGACUGGUGCACGAUUUCGGGGCAAAUGCAGGGAAGAAGUGUGGAGGACUGUAGAUUACAGUACGAAGCAUUAUGCAAGAAGGAAGAAGAAGAGGAGGAAGACUUCGAGGAAGAUGCUGACAAUUACAAGUGUUGUUUUUUCAUUGCGAUUGCAUUGCUUUGUAGCGAUCGUCAUGAAGACGACACUGUCAUGGAGGAGGACACACAGGAUGUCCCAGAAUCAUCCGUGGUGACUGUCCAAGAUGGCGACUUGGAUGUUGAUAUAACCGAAGUACCAACCACUUCAAAUGCUACCGUCUUUGACAUCACCUCGUUAGAUGUGAAGCCGAAGGAAGAACCUCAGCCUCUAGUGGAACAGUCGUCUAUUUCUACAGGACUUGUGAAAGGUUCAAUAACUGCUGGCACUCCAUUUCGCCCUCCAUCUGUUUCAAUUAUUGAGCAACCACCAUCUACUUCACAGCUCGCUACGAAUGCAGCACCCGCAACGAUGACAUCACAACCCUCAGUCUAA